AUGCGCCGUGUCCGAGAUCAAGCUGUGGAUCCUGGUGGAGGAUCUCUUCACGAGCAGACCCUCAAACUUGGUACCAAAUCUGGAAAGAACGAUGUGCGAGACUUCUGGCGCAGUGCCGAUAUCCCUGUGGAGAUUGAAUAUAUUCGUGUGCCUGUGUAUGACAAGAAGACAGCUCGCAAGUCGAAGGUGGAGGUCUAUCCAAUAAUUUAUCCCCACCGGAUCUUGGCAUACCUCUUUGACCAUGUGCAGGUUGAGCUGUCAACUCAUGAUAUCACAGAGUAUUGGGAUCACAGCCGGCAAACUGGUGAGGCCUGGGCCUGCAAAUCAAGUGCAUCACGCACUCAUAUUCCUUUGGGAUUGCACGGGGAUGGAGCCCGGUUGUGGACACAGUACAAGGUGGAAAAGAUUGUUGCCAUCUUUCUGAACAUGCCGUUAUUCCGGCCAAAGUCAGCAAGGCAUUCGCGUUUCCUUCUGUUCACGAUUGGUCGGCACAAGCUGAUCAAAAACCGAACCAUUAAUGUUGUUUGGAGAAGGCUAGUCUGGAGUCUGAAUGCUUGCUUCACAGGCUUGAACCCAUCUCAAGGUCCAGGUGGAGCGCCACUAACAGGUGUUCAUUUGGACAUUGCAGGGCUUCCAAUUUGCCAAGCGCAGCACAGGUUUGCUCUCACCGAGUUGAGAGGUGACUGGGAGUGGCAUAGAGACACGUGGCGUUUUACAGCGAGUUGGCAAAGUCACGAAGUGUGUUUCCGGUGCCCGGCUGUGACUCGGGGUGACGAAUCUUUGGUUUACUACAACAAUGGCCCUACCAGUGGCUGGGUCAACAGAGACUUCACUUUGGAUCAGUUCAUUGCCCGACGUCUCAAAGAGAAUCAGCUAUGCCCCUUGCUGAGACUUGAAGGCUUUGAUCCCAGUAUCAUAAAGUUUUGUUCAAUGCAUGCAUUGAACUUGGGGCUCCUCUUCUCCUGCAAUGCUGGGGCACUGCUUCUGCUUUGCGAGGAUCUGACCCACUUUGGUCAAGGCACGUUUGCUGAGCAACUAGAUGAGGCUUACCGUGACUUCUUGGCCUUUUGCCGUUCUCGCCAAAUACGGCAUUCGCAACCGCCAUUUAUCCCACGCAUGGUAAAGAAAAAGAAUGGUGAUGAACUCUUCACUGCAAAAGCGUUCAAUGGAAGGAGUGCGUUGGCAAAGCUCUUCCAGAUCAGCGAGAGCAACGGCAGGUCGCUAAGUGUGGCACAAGAUCUUCAUGAUGCUGGCAUGCAGUUCUUGACCAUCUACAAGAUCCUUUCCAUCGAGCACAUCAGGUUUGGAAAAUGCAGAUGGCUCAUGAAGCCGAAACACCAUGUGCUGUCGCAUAUUUGCAAAGAUGCACUCAAGUACAGAACCAACUUCCGUAUGGUGCAUACCUAUUUGGACGAAGACGCUAUGCGCUGGGUCAAAAGCAUAUCGGCAAAAUCACACCCGAAGACUCGUCACCUGUGGCUCCUGAAGUGUGCAAAGCUUAGGCUGCUGACUAUGCGUUUCCGCUUGGAUCGCAAGAGGAUCCUUGGAUCCCAGCUUCCUUGUUUGUUCAUGCGCUUGGAAUCCAAAGUGCUGUGCGUUUGUCGUUGGCUCACCCCAACCUAUCGAAAUUUCUGUUGUGCUUUGCCAAGGACAAGGGGCAACAGACGCUGA